UGGUUUGGUACGGUACGGUUGAAGAGCAACGUGCCGCUGCAUGGCGUUUUCGUGGAUAUCAUUUUCUCCUCUCAAGUGCUUGCAUUCGGCACCUUCUUGCAACAGUACAGCACGGACGACAACGUCCAGUUUCACAUCAUGGACAAGUCGUACCGCGUGCGAGCAGGCGAGAUCGUGAUAGUGAAGUUCUACGUGCGUUACUCCACGGAUAGACCGGUUCCGUUGUUACGUCAGAUCCGGUUCAACGGGCAGAAUAUUUGUACGGACACACGCUCGAAUCCAGUGCGGCCGGUGACCUCACGACCGGCUGGAACGCGUCAUGGAACUCCAAAUUUUAGCAGGCUUGCGAAAGAGCGUGUAACCUCACCGUCAACAAGGACGACGACAACGCCGAGAUCAGUUUCCGAUGCAGUGAUAUGGCAUCAGCCGAAACACCUUCCCCUAAACGCGGAUCUAGGCUUCUCGACACUCGCGCCCACCUCCAUCCGGCCAUCGAGCACUCCGGGAGGAAAAAGCACCCCCGGUCGAGAGCAGUUCUUCGCCGGUGACUACGCAUUCCUGCAGACAGACCACACGCCCAGUAGUCCAGCACAACCGCACUACAUCAACCAGUACGAGGACGACAUCUGUGGUACGGUCGUGCCAAAAGCGAACCCACUGGUGACGCACGGUUCGAUAUCCGAACGGGGUCAGUUCCCAUGGCACGGUGCUCUCUACCGCAGCACGGUCACUGAGCUAAAGUACCUUUGCGGGGCUACGCUAAUAUCCCGUCGGGCCGCCAUUACCGCGGCUCAUUGUGUGACACUCGAGAAGAGCUCGAAACCAGUCGACGCUGGCAGUCUGCUGCUGUACUUCGGUAAGAUCGACCUUGGAAAAUGGAACGGUCCGGAAGAGGACGCCCAGAUCCGGACGGUGCACAUCCCGGCGCAGUACGCACACGAGCGGUUCUUCAACGACAUCGCCGUGCUGGUGCUGAAGGAAGACAUCAAGUACAGCAACUUCGUGAGGCCGAUCUGCCUGUGGAACUUCGACGAUGACUACAAGACGCUGAUCAACAAGAUCGGGCUGGUGCCAGGUUGGGGCUACAAUGAACACGGGCUGGUUAGCUCACGGUUGUCCUUCGCCCAGAUGCCGGUGGUCGCGCAUGAGACGUGUAUCUGGUCGAAUCGGGACUUCUUCAGCAAGGUCACCUCAGAUACGUCGUUUUGCGCCGGGUUCAAGAAUGGCACCUCGGUGUGUAAUGGCGACAGUGGCGGUGGCAUGGUGUUCAAGCACAACAACCUGUGGUACUUGCGAGGGAUCGUAUCGGUUAGUGCCGCCCUGCAGGAUCGGUUUCGCUGUGACGCUCGGCACUACGUGGUGUUUACGGAUGCGGCCAAAUUUACGCCCUGGAUAAAGAACCUCAUGUAGGUGCCUGAUGGCCAGUAGAGAGCGGUUUACUUUCGUACGAGAGCAUACCGCUGGGUUACUAAGUUAAGGAACAAUAAAAAUAA